UACUAUUUACUUUUGUCUUUUGAUUAUAAAUCUUUUGUUCGUACUACAUGUAUGUAACAUACUAAUAAUAAUGGUAAAAUAAACAACAAACGGAGAGGGCUUACCGAAUGCUAAGAACAUCUUCACUCCACUUCUAUACUUUUUUUUUCUAAAAAGAUACAAGAAUUAUAAAAUAGAACAAGAGACUUCUUCAAUGUAUAUUUUUCAAAUAGAAAAUGCUAUUUAUUACUGUAAAUACAGAAAUAUACUAUUUUCUUUAAAAAAGGAAGUGAGCUGAUCAUAUAAAUAUAUAUUUUACAAGAAAAAUAUAGAGAUGAGUUAAAAAAAGUUCUAUUGUUAUGAAAAAUGGUUAAAGGGUCAAAGGUCAGUGUAUUUUGUUGUAAUAUUAGGUGUAUUUAUUUAUUUUCAAAAAUAAAUAUUAGGUGUAUUUGUUAUUUAUAAACUUUAUGGCGACAUAGGUAAAUUGUACAUGGAUUAAUCGUUAAAUUUAUAUAUAUAUUAAUUACUUUUUAGAAUAUGAUAAAAGUUACAGAUUCAACAAUAUAUGGUUUGAAAGUUUUUCUUGUUAAACUAACAAAGCUGCGUUUAGUUACUAUGUUUCCCCGCGUAAAAUUCUCGGACAGCCCCGAACACAGGCGAAGCCUAGUGUUUGUACAGGAUUCAGUCGAUUAGAAUGAUAACUUAGAAAAUGGGAUGACUAAAGACGUUUUUAUUAGAAUCAACACAGUGGGUUACAAGACUGAUCGAAGGUAAGGAGACAAGAUCAGAGGUUUAAACGACAAGAUCAAAGAGAUGAUUAGGAAACCCUAAAUCUAGCCGCUUAGUAUGUGAUUUCUCCCCCAAGUCCUCCUUUCGUUGCCUCCUCCUUCUCUCUUAUAGUGCCCUUCUGCGUGGUGCCCUAAUCGCGCCUAUCCUUUGGGCCUUGUCGCCCAAAGGCCGAGUAUGUGGGCCUUAGUACUGUUUCAUCCAAGCCGAGUAUAGCUGAUCGGCUUAGCUGACCGGCUUAAAGUACUCUGAGGUCGAGCUGACGUCUCUAGCCGCUAAGCCGACUAAGCUUGAUCGACCUUGUCGGGCUAGGGCCUGUUAUGUGAUGGGCCUUGUAGAGGGAUGUAAUCCAUCUCCUACAAUAAGUCCCCCCCCAGUUCACUUGUGAGCGGCUUGUCGGUCUCAGUGAAUUUGUGGGUCAGGUUCGCUCAUAUAACAGGGCCUAAUGCCGACGACAGCUCGUUUUACUGGUGUAUGGUUUUAGUCGCGUGCCGCGUCUAGUCGCUCCGCGUUACGUCUUCUCACGAUGCGUUGUGUUUUACUCGGGAGGUAAACUUCUCGGAUUAGGAGUCCAGGCGGUCUUUGGAUGGUUAACUCUGUCGAAUUGGUUCGGGCUAGAACCGGAGAUUAAUUUCGGUCCGGUUUCUUGAUUGAAAACCGGUUUUGGCGAGAAACCGAACCGUCGCGAGUAGGUUUUUGGGCAUUUAGGCGGCCUUUGAAGCCCAUUUAGGCCUUUGUAGACCUAAUGAUGACGCUUCGAAGGAUGCGCCUCGUUUUUGCUAUAAAUAGGCGCCUCUCCUUUGCUUUCGUCAUUCUUCUCUGCAAGCUCAGGUAUUCCACUUUCUCUCCCUUCUCUCUACUUUUAUUUUCUCUCUCUAGAUAAGCCUUCCGUAGCAUAGGGUUUUUUGCUAGCGAUCUAGCUGGUUUAGUCGUCCCCCCGAGUAGAAGAGAUAUGGCUUCAGGGAAUCGGCUAUCGCGCGAGGAAAAAGGGAAAGAUAUAGCUACUUCGCCAAGCCCGGCUAGGGAUGCGGACGGGGGUCCGUUGGAGGAUUUCGACAUAAUCCAUCGUGAUGCUCUGCGGGAUACGGAGAACAUGAGCCUUUCCCAGCGCCUUCUGGUCGCUGAUGCCCAUAGACAGUUUCGCGAAGAAAUCGAAGAAAACGUUGAGGACGAGGAUAGAGAGGCGAGUGGUUCUGAAGCGCCUAGCCUUGUCGUAAGACCUAGGAGACGGGCUCGUCGGAGGGGUCGUAUCGACCAGUCAGGCCGUCUCCCUGCUCCGAGAAGUGUUCCGUUCUACGAAGUAGACUGUCGUCCUGUGAUAUAUCACCCUGGUGGGAUUUUCGAAGAACUACCUUCGCUGCCUCCCGAAGCGUUACGCGACCCGCGAGUUCAAUCGUGGGGGAACGUUUUCAGUUCCUGUUCUUCCAACGAGACCGUGAAGAGAUUGCUAAGAGAGAGUGGUGGCGCUGGAGUCACCUUCCUCAUUCCGUCAACCGAUCAGCGGCCGUGGUCGCCACCGGUUGGUUACCAGUGCGUGUAUGAAUCUUACUUCAAGGAUCAGACGAAGCUCUGGUUCCCAAUCCCCAGACUGAUCACGUCUUACGCAUUUCGUCGGGAUAUCGCCAUUUCUCAGCUGCUGAACGGGUCGCUGCGCAUAGCCGUCAUGUUGAUGGUUAUGGCAGCGGAGAUGGAUGUUUCGAUGAGCGUGAGGGUGUUUGAGGAGCUGACUUUCACGAAGGCGGAGCCUAACGGGAUCUUCUCGGUAAAGAUGAGAGCGAGUUACAACGUUUUGACUGGUCAUCCCAACAAGACGCAGGAUUGGCAACGCGCUUACUUCUUCAUUAAGUCCGACGAGCAUGCCUUCGAGGAGCCGCCGGGGGACGAUUAUCGCGUUUUAUGGAAUCAGCAACUUGUUCGUCAUCCCAAUACAAUUGCCUAUCCAGAGAAAUUCUUCGAAACUGCUCAACUGAUCGCGACGCAUAGUCAUCUCAGGUGGCCGGAUCUUAGUCGGGAGUGGAUACGUCGGCAACAAGCUAGGAUCGCCAGAGUUGAUUGGGAAUCGAGACUUCCUUGUGUACUCGGUCCCCGCAAAUCACGUCUCUCCCUAUUUACUCGGAAGCAACAAAAACUCCUUAACCAAGCUAGAAAGAUGGAGGGAGUUCCCGACUUAAGUGCCCUGUUGAAAGGGAAGCUUCAAAUGCUCUCGACAAAAUCGUCUUCUGCCGGUGCCUCAGAAGUCAGGCCUGUUUCCACAGAUGGAGAUGUGAACUCUGAGCCGCUAGCUCAGAGUUCCCCAAAGAGGAAGGCCAAUAGGGCCAAGGCCAAGAACAGGAGUGUCCCUUUGGAAGAGGCACAACCUUCUGCCGAUGUCUCUGAAGUCGCGGCUAAGAAGAAGAAGAAAAAGGAGAGCAAGAAAAGGUCUCGUGAAGAGACUUCUGUUGGGGCUAUGGAGACUCCAACUGCCGCAGGGAAUGAUGGUGCGGAAAGAAACGAUCCGGCCGAUUCUACUCGGGGAUCGCCUGAGGAGCGUCCCAAGAAGAAACUGAAGAAGAAGUCAGCGGAAGGCGAUGGGACUUCUGCUCCCGAGAUUCCUUCUAGAAGUGGGGAACCAGCUACCGAAGUCGGAGAUGGCUCACGGGAUGAAUCUCCGUCGAGUAAGGGAGCCCCUUCGUCUUCUGCGAGGGAGACUGGUGCGGGAAGCGGAGGUUCGCUUCCGCGGAAGGCGGGAGGAGGAGUUCACUUCCCGGAUCACGUAGAAUUCCUUUACGACGAGGCGACUCCGUUGGUUCUGAAUCCACUUCCGUGUGCUGAACUGACUCGUCAGAUUCGUGGCGGGACCAAAGAGUUGCCGCCGGUCGACGACUUAUACUUCAAAAAGGAGUACAUUGACGCGGCUAUGGCGGGCAGACGGGUAAACUUGUUUUCCCCUUGUUUCCCUUUCUCUUUCUUAAAAAUUUUUUCUAAGUCUCUUUUGCUUCACGCAGAGUGACGGGAGCAUGAACUAUCUCGUGGAGAAGUACGACAGCACUUUGAAGCAGACGAUGGU